CGAUCCAGCCAGCGCCAGAGCAGCGACAGAGCCAUGGGUCCGUCGGCUGGUGUCGCAGCAUUGCUGCGUCGUCGCAAACCAGGCGCUCAAAACGAGCCUCAAUCGGCAGGCAUCAACCAACCCCCAGCCGCACUCGCCCCUGGUCUCGCUGUGGUCCCUCCCCUGCUCUACCCUCAGUCGUCCGUUGGCCCAGCCUCGCUGCAAUGACCCAAGACUACCCGGCGCCAGAAAAUCCCGAACUCGAUGCUCUCGAGCAUGCCGACGAGUUGGUUGCCACCGGCUUUGCCUCGUUCUUCACCGAGGCCGACGAAGUCAUCAAGACGAUCGAGGCCGUUGUGCGAGUCACCCUGCACCAACCCAGCGAGUACAAGAAAGUCUAUCCCAUGAUGAAGUGGUUUACGGAGACGCUCGACAAGUAUCAAGAGCAGCCGCAUCUCCUGGAUCCCCAUCUCGAGCAGAUGGUUACCAUGGUGAUCGUCCAGGUCCGUCGCCACAUCAUCGACUCCAAGCCUCCCUACACCGAGCAAGAUCUGAUGAUUCUGAAUGAGCCCUUCCGCGUUUUGUAUUAUCUGGGCAAAGUUCGAGGAUACAAAACCGUUGUCAAGCUCUUCACCCACGAAGUUGCCGAUCUCGAGCCCAUUCUCGAUUUUCUUGGCGUCUUUGUGAAGAGCAACAACGUCAAUACUUUCCAGACCUGGCAUACCCGCUAUGUGCUUUUGCUCUGGCUCUCGAUGCUCUGCCGCAUCCCCUUCGAUAUGAAAACCGUCGACAGUGGCCACGGAGGCGAGAUUUCACUUGUCGAGAGAAUGAUCAGCACAUGCAAGGUCUUUUUGAAGUCUGCUGGUACCGAAUCGUACGGUGCCGGCAUCCUGCUGGGUCGUUUGCUCACCAGGCGCGACACCAAGGCCCACCUGAACGACUUUGUCGCUUGGUCGGUGGAGAAGCUCAAGGCAACCGAGAGCCCGUUCGAGAUCAACAGUAUCUUCAAUGCGCUCUGUGCCAUUUUCAAGUUUGGACUGCGAGAAGACCUCCUUCAUCUGUUGCCUGAGCUUAUGGACUGCAGCUCCAUCAUCGACAACCCCCGCAUCAAGUCCAACACUGUGAGUCGCAAGCUCUUUGUGAAGCUCUUCCAGCGAAUUGGUCUCUGUCACCUCAAGCCUCGUGUCGUGAGCUGGCGCUACCAGCGCGGCAACAGAUCCCUCACCAAGGCUUUUGGGGCUGGCGCCACCGCUCAAAGCCAGGAUCCGGUCGCCGAAGCGAUCGACGACGACGAGGGCGAUUGCCCCGAAGAAAUCGAGGCAGUAAUUGAGAUCCUCUUGAACGGGCUGAGAGACCGUGACACCAUUGUGCGCUGGUCCUCUGCCAAGGGCAUCGGCCGAAUCACCCAGCGCCUGCCCAAAGAGCUUGCUCAGGAUGUGGUUCAGUCCGUCCUUGAUCUCUUUGCAGAGGACACGUAUGCCCUGGAGGGCCAGCCUGUUGACAUCGCCGACGUCUCAGACUCGACCUGGCAUGGCGCCUGCCUGUCGCUUGCUGAGCUUGCUCGCCGUGGGCUCUUGCUGCCCGAGAAACUCGAGCAAGCAAUGCCUUGGGUCUUUUUGGCGCUCAAGUUUGACCAGAAGAAGGCCACAUACUCGGUCGGAGCCCAUGUGCGCGACGCUGCGUGCUACGUGUGCUGGUCGUUUGCUCGCGCAUACACUCCCGAGAUCAUGAAGACGUACAUGGAGGAAAUGGCAGCAAACUUGGUCGUCGUUUCUGUCUUUGACCGAGAGGUCAACAUCCGCCGAGCCGCCGCCGCCGCCUUCCAGGAGAAUGUCGGACGCCAGGGUGUGUUCCCACACGGCCUCGACAUCAUUACGCUGGCCGACUAUUUCUCGCUGAGCACCCGCAUCAAUUCGUACCUGACGGUCAGCACAAGCAUUGGCCAAUACGAAGAAUAUCGCUACCAGAUGAUAGAUCAUCUGGCAGAUUUUUCACUCGCCCACUGGGAUCAGAGUGUUCGUGAGCUUGCCUCCAAGGCCCUGGGUGCUUUUACUGCUCUGGACCCCGACUAUAUCAUCAAAAACUGCCUCGCUCCGCUGGUCUCGAAGGCACACCAAGUCGACCUCCACAAUUCCCAUGGCGCCAUCCUUGCCGUCAGCGAGAUCGCUUUGGCAUACUCCAAGGUUCGCUCGAUCAGCUCUGACGCCGACUGGACUGAAGCAGAGAUUUCGCAGAUCGUGACUCCCGUUAUUGGUAUCACCGAGCGCUACGCCAGCACGUCCCUCAAUACGUUCGGAAGCGAUAUGAUCCGAAUUGCCUUGUGCCAUCUCGUUGAGAACCUGGCCCAAGCUCGCUGGCCCCACACCGUGCCUCAAAGCACCAGUGCCUCUGACUCUGCCCUUUCUGCCGUCGAGAGCCAAUUCUGGUCUAUUCUCGACAGUUCACUGGAGCGCAUCGAGGUCCCCGUUCAAACGGCCGCUGCCACCGCCGUGAAGCAUGUCAGCGAAUGGAUGGCAUGUGCUGCGCAAGAGGAAUGGAGGACGGCCAUCUUGGACAAGCAUUUGUCCCAGAUCUCCGUGGCCCGUGGCAAGGAGCACGUCCGCCGUGGCUACGGUCUCGCCAUCGGACAGCUCGGAAUCCGGGUUGUUGGCGAGCCUGCGGCGUUCCAGCGACUUGUUUCUGCGCUCCGCGAGGCGCUCCGUAUCCAGGAAGACAAAGGUCUCAACGACAUCGAAGCCCGCAACAAUGCACUCAAGAGUCUGACUGCCGUGCUCUUGACGGUCCAGAGCAAGUUUGCUGCAGUGGUUCCACCCGAGUUCUUUGAGCAAGUCCUUGAUAUCUACUUCCUGGCUCUGGAAGACUACAGCGUCGACAACCGCGGCGAUGUGGGCUCGUGGGUGCGACAGUCCUCAGUUGAGGGCCUGUGCGCUCUGGUCUACUUGUUGAAGGGCGCUGGCUUGCAGGAGCAGUACCUCAGCCAGCACCGAAUCAAACAAAUCUUGGGCGCGGUGAUCCAGCAAAGUGUCGAGAAAAUCGAUCGGGUCCGCGACGCUGCGGGCAACGCCCUGAUCAAGCUUACCGCGGUGCUCGAGGAAGGUGCCGAGCUGGGUCGUAUCCUUGAAGGCGAAACCAUCUACUGGGCCUACCCCGAAGAAGUGUUUCCCAGGAUGGUUCGCGUCCUCGAGAUGCCCGACUAUCGCGCCCAUUUCAUCCGCGGCAUGGUUGUCAGCGUUGGCGGGCUGACCGAGAGUCUGGUUCGACACUCGAGCGAGUCUCUGAUCAGCUUCCUGUCCAAGUGCUCGGGCACCACAUUGGAUGCAUUCUUUGUCACUCUCGCCAGCACGCUCGAGUCCAACUUCCAGGUCGACCACAUUACAACCCCUACUCUUGAGGUCCUUGAUAUUUGCUUUUCGUCCCAGCUCAUGGCCAACUGGAUCGCCAACCUCCUCGCGGCAGCCUCGGGCCAGGAAGGAGACGAUCCGCUUGCCAAGGCCGAGACGGUCUUGCACUUGUCCAAGAAGGAAAUUACCAAAUGCCGCGAUGCGCGCAAGCUUGCGGCCGCUCUGAAGGUCUUCACUGGCUAUGCCUCGCUCGAGGGGAAGGAUCCUGCCAUCGUGCAGCUCCGUCGCAAGGGCACGAAGGAGUUGGUGGCCUAUACCACUCACCCAUUCCCAAAGAUCCGCCGAGCUGCUGGAGAGAGCCUGUACCUCAUCGUUUGUGGCUACAGCGACGAGGACGAGUCGCUCCCUCUUCAGGAAAUCGAGGAUAUUCUCCUGGGCACCGACUGGGACCGCCCCGCUGCGCAGCUGAAGGACAUCAAAACCAAGCUCAUAUCGCUUCUGAGCCUCUGAGCCUCUGAGCCUCUGAGCCCCUGAGCCUCUGAGCCUCUGAGCGGACAGAGAGCAAGCCGUCUUUGCGCCUGCACGUGCAGCGAACUCGGUUGUCUUUUGGCUUGCGUGACUCCGAGCCAUGCGUACAUCUUGUGCAAAUGAAACGAGACGAGUUGGCAAAUGGCCUUGCUUUGAACAUGACUCGAUUGGCAAGG